CAUCAUGAGCUCUUAGGUUGAUUUCCGGUGUCUGUGAGAUUGCUUAGCUAGCCAGUUACCCAAAUAAUUGCGGUGCACCUUUUUUUGUUUUGACCAGUGGUGAUUGUAACAACGUCCUUUAAAACGCACAUUUUGAAUUUGUUCACAUAAAUGGGCAAGUUUUGAACAGGAACUUGUUGGAAUUUUCGUUCAGGGAAGUGACUCUAGCGAAUGGCACAGGCAACACUUGUUGUGGGACGGACAAUUUAAUGAACCUGAACCCAUUCUGGAGCAUGUCUACCAAUACUGGUCGUAAGAGAUCUGACUGUGAGGAACAGAGUGGAGAGCAGCAGCAACAAAGAGCCAGUCCAGCCCGUCCUAGCUUUGGGAAGAAGCAGCUUCCCUCCAUCCCCAAGAAUGCAGUCCCCAUCACCAAGCCUGCCUCUCCUGCCGCCACAGCCCAGUUGGCCAACGGAACACAUGCCUCCUACGGUCCAUUCUACCUGGAGUACUCGCUGCUGGCUGAGUUCACGCUAGUGAUCAAGCAAAAACUGCCUGGAAUCUAUGUGCAGCCAUCCUACAAAUCAGCAUUGAUGUGGUUCGGGGUCAUUUUCAUCAGACAUGGCUUGUACCAGGAUGGAGUCUUCAAGUUCACUGUGUAUAUUCCAGAUAACUAUCCUGAUGGUGAAUGUCCUAGAGUGGUGUUUGAUAUCCCAGUCUUCCACCCACUAGUGGACCCUGUUUCAGGAGAGCUUGAUGUCAGGAGAGCCUUCACCAAGUGGAGCUCUGUUCCUCAUGGCCUGUUUCUUCAGCUGGACAGUGACACAGCCUUGCGUAAUCACAACCACAUCUGGCAAGUCCUGAUGUAUGCACGCACGGUGUUCUACAAGAUCAACACUAUGGAACCACUCAACCCAGAAGCUGCUGUGCUGUAUGACAAGGAUGUGCAGUUGUUCAAAAGCAAGGUGAUAGACAGCGUCAAACUAUGCAACAGUCACCUCUUCGACCAGCCCAAGAUGGACGAUCCUUAUGCAAUAAGUUUCUCUUCAUGGAACCCAGCAAUCCACGAUGAGGCGAAGGAACGGAUGUUCUCACACAAAAGACGGCCUGAGGAUCACCACAAGGGGCUGCAGGUGUCAGGACUGUCUUGGGUGAAGCCCGGAUCCACACAACCCUUCAGCAAAGAUGACAACCCUCCCCAGAGCUGAGCUAAUCCUACAGUCCUAGUCAGCAGCCACUAGAGGAAGAUGCAGAGCAGAAUGCCACGCCACAGACUAGCUUCAGCAGCCGUUCAGUCGUGUGAAUAGGAACUGAACAAGUUGAAUGGACUUAAUUUUACUUUGCAACACUUGCGCUCAGCUUUAAAAGCAUUAUAGGCAUCUUGUGCUCAAACAGCUAUAGAACUAAAAAUGUGUAUAUUAUGUAAGUAAAUCAACAAUGAUAACUGGUUGUCUUAGUAACACAGACUACAAUGCAAUCAGAGCUUUUCCCUUUAUUUUCCCCUCUGCUCUUUGCACAUGCUUGGGUUUGGUCUAUGAAGAUAACUACUCAAAGCUGGUUGAAAGGUGAGAAUAAAAAUCAGCAUUAUAGAUAUACUGUAUGGGUGGACUAUGGAUUCAUAACUGUUAAGGUGGGCUCAGGACAGUUAUUGUUUUUUAUUGGGACUGACAAUGGACUCUGACCUUGGGUGUUCUUUUUCCCCAAAACAUUUGACUCAAAUCAAAUUAGAGCAACACUACAUUUUUGGGAUAAGGGAAAUGUGUGUUCUUUUGGAUUACGGGUUAGUGUCUUAUAUUUAUCUUUACUGUGUAAACUAUAGGUAAGAUGGAUAAUAUAUAUUGCAGACUGAGCAGCAGGCAAGUGUGGUUUUAAUUAAUAUGCUAAGUUAAAUAAUCAUAUCCAUCUUUACGUUGCUUUUAAUUCAUUUUGAAUUCUAUUUAGCCUUAUUGAGCUGAUUUAAAGGUUUGUGUAAAUAUAAAAAAUGUCUAUGGGAAUGGCAGCCCUCCACAGACGACAUUGUUUUGCUCAAAGCUGUUGGAUACUUGGCACAAUUUAUAUAGCUGGGAAAUGAUGUAAACACAUGCUGCCGUCUGGACUGUUGAAUUUGGCAAAACAAUGUGUACUAUACUUCUCAUUUUACCUUUCUUAUAUGGAACCCAAAUCUCGGUGACCAGUUUGUGCUGUAUAGGCAAUGAGUUUUGAACGCUUUUCUUUGAAAGGAAAUAAACACGACAAUGCA